AUGCAUCCUUCGCCUUUCAUGAUCACACAAUUACUUAUUUUAUUUUCGAUCGUUGCUCCUCUAACAUUCGCUUUACAAGCUACCGACUUUUACGUCCAUGAUUUACCACUUUUACCAAAAGAGUCUUCUUCUAUUCGUAUGCAUGCUGGACUUCUACCUGUCAACCCACAACAUCAUGGAUCUCUAUUCUUUUGGCAUUUUGAGAAAAAAUAUCCUAGUGACAAAUUAAGAACAGUCAUAUGGCUUAAUGGAGGUCCUGGUUGUAGUAGUCUGACUGGAGCUUGGAUGGAAAAUGGCCCUUUCCGAUUUCAAGAUGAAAAUACGAUGAUCGAAAAUGAUGGAUCAUGGCAUUUGUACACUAAUCUUCUAUUUAUAGAUCAGCCUGUUGGUACUGACUUUUCCACCAUUGAUACAGACUCAUAUAUUCAUGAACUUGAUGAGAUGGCUAAUCAGUUUCUUGGUUUUCUUGAUCAAUAUAUCAAGAUUUUUCCAGAAUUACUUGAAAAUGACAUUUACUUAGCUGGUCAAUCUUAUGCUGGUCAGUAUAUUCCAUAUAUAGCGAAGGCGAUUCUUGAACAACGAUCAGCAUUGAAACUACGUGGUCUGUUGAUUGGAAAUGGUUGGAUUGAUCCUGUUACCAUGUAUAAAUCAUUUUUACCAUUUGCAGUAGCAAAUAAUUUAGUCAUUGAGAACUCCGAGCUCUAUGAUCUUAUUAACAUUGAAGUCGAACAUUGUGAACAGGUACUUUCCAAGCUGGUGCAUGUCUCCGAAGAAGCUUGUUAUCCUCUCCUCGCCGAGAUAGUGGGGAACGGUGCAAUGAAUAAUCACCACAAAGAAAAUCAAGAAGGUAGAUGUGUCAAUGUAUAUGACAUCAGGCUAGAUGAUAUGAUUCCAGAGUGUGGUAAAAAUUGGGCGCCAGAAUUAAAGUAUAUCACAUCGUACUUGCGUCGACAAGAUGUUAUGUCAAGCAUAAACAUUAAUAAUAAUAAAGUGGAAUGGACAGGAUGCUCGCCUUCUGUUCACAAUACGUUUACAGCUUAUCAUUCUAAACUAUCGAUCCUGUUGUUGCCUGAUUUACUUCAACAAAUUCCAAUUAUUCUAUUCAGUGGUCAAUAUGACUUGAUUUGUAAUCAUCAGGCGACUGAAGCAAUGAUUGAUGGUAUGACAUGGAACGGUGGACCUGGCUUUGAUUUUGGUAAUGGAACAUUCUCUCCAAAACAUCCGUGGAUUGUGGAUGGUAAAUCUGCUGGUCUCAUUCAAAGUGCACGUAAUUUAACUUACAUUCUUUUCUAUAAUGCCGGUCACAUGGUACACUAUAACUAUCCACGUCGAUCACGUUUUAUGCUACAUCAGUUCAUCCAGUUGGAUCUAACCUCCUCUACUGAUACAACAACAAGAAAGAACACAAAAGAGUCUACUCGAUCAAUACGUCUCAUCGCUUUUAUUGUAUUGCCUGUUACCUUUGUCACUAUAGCUCUGAUUGGUCUUAUUUGGUUUUUUGUGCACAAAUGGCAUCCGACCAAAGUACCAACACUAUUCAGUAUUAUUCGUGCGUUUCGAUCAGAAACUCGUAAUGUUGAGCAGCCACAAUCGAUGGCGCCUUUACUUCUAAACGAUUUCAGUGCAAAUAUGGAGGUCGUAGAUAGUGAAACUUUUGUAUGA